CCAUCCUACCUCUUCUCAUCAUUCUUCCCCCCUUAACUCCAUCUCUCUCCCAUCCAUCAGCACUGCUACCAUAUCCCACCUCGCUUCAUCUCUCAAGCUCUAUCUAUCUGAUUUGCUCCUUCAUUCUUCCUACCCAAGAUGGCUGAUCAUGAAGAGAAAAAGAAGGUUAAUCUGGCCGAUGCCUCAGGCGCCACUCACAAAGAGGCGGACGAAACCGCAACGGCAAUCUUAAAGAAGAAGAAGAAGCCGAAUAGCUUGAUUGUCACUGAUGCCGUUAAUGAUGAUAAUAGUAUCAUCGCCUUGUCUAAUAAUACCAUGGAGACGCUUCAACUGUUUCGUGGGGAUACUGUGCUUGUCAAAGGGAAGAAGCGGAAGGACACAGUCCUUAUCGUUCUGGCGGAUGAUGAUCUUGAUGACGGAUCUGUGAGAAUCAAUCGUGUCGUUAGAAACAACCUCCGGAUUAGACUUGGCGAUGUCAUUACCGUACACCCGUGUCCUGAUAUUAAAUACGCGAAACGUAUUGCCGUUCUCCCUAUUGCAGACACUGUUGAAGGAUUGACUGGAUCUUUGUUCGAUGUCUACUUAAAGCCAUACUUCCUUGAGGCCUACCGGCCUGUACGUAUGGGUGAUCUGUUCACUGUUCGCGGUGGUAUGAGACAAGUUGAGUUUAAGGUUGUGGAACUUGAUCCACCAGAUUAUGGAAUUGUCGCUCAAGAUACGGUUAUUCAUUGUGAGGGCGAGCCUCUUAACCGAGAAGACGAAGAGGGAAAUCUUAAUGAGGUUGGUUACGAUGAUAUCGGUGGGUGUCGAAAGCAAAUGGCGCAAAUCAGAGAGCUCGUUGAGCUGCCACUCCGGCAUCCUCAACUGUUCAAGAGCAUUGGUAUCAAGCCACCACGUGGUAUCCUUCUUUAUGGACCUCCGGGCACCGGUAAAACACUUAUGGCCCGUGCUGUCGCCAACGAGACUGGGGCCUUUUUCUUUUUGAUCAAUGGUCCCGAAAUCAUGAGCAAAAUGGCCGGAGAGUCGGAAUCUAACUUGCGUAAGGCCUUCGAGGAGGCAGAGAAGAAUUCACCCGCAAUCAUUUUCAUCGACGAGAUCGACUCGAUUGCCCCCAAACGUGAAAAGACCAACGGCGAGGUUGAGCGGAGAGUUGUUUCACAAUUACUUACCCUGAUGGACGGAAUGAAGGCUCGAAGCAACAUCGUUGUCAUGGCUGCUACGAAUCGGCCAAACUCCAUUGAUCCUGCUCUUCGUCGGUUCGGGCGAUUCGAUCGCGAGGUCGAUAUCGGUAUCCCCGACCCAACUGGGCGUCUUGAAAUUCUCCAGAUUCACACGAAGAAUAUGAAGCUCGCCGAGGGCGUAGAUCUCGAACAAAUUGCGGCAGAGACACAUGGCUAUGUUGGUUCCGAUGUUGCUUCCCUCUGCUCCGAGGCAGCUAUGCAGCAAAUCCGUGAGAAGAUGGAUCUCAUCGAUCUUGAUGAGGACACUAUUGACGCCGAGGUUCUUGACUCUCUGGGAGUUACAAUGGAGAAUUUCCGAUUUGCCCUUGGUGUUAGUAACCCAUCUGCCCUCCGUGAGGUUGCCGUGGUUGAGGUACCUAAUGUUCGUUGGGAUGACAUUGGAGGGCUGGAAGAAGUCAAGCGCGAGCUCAUCGAGUCCGUGCAAUACCCUGUGGAGCACCCCGAAAAGUUCCUCAAGUUUGGAAUGUCCCCAUCUCGUGGUGUUCUGUUCUACGGUCCCCCUGGCACUGGUAAGACACUGCUGGCGAAAGCGGUCGCGAAUGAAUGUGCUGCAAACUUCAUUUCCGUCAAGGGUCCCGAACUUCUCUCUAUGUGGUUUGGUGAAUCUGAAAGCAAUAUUCGGGAUAUCUUCGAUAAGGCACGCGCUGCGGCGCCUUGUGUUGUAUUCCUUGAUGAGUUGGAUUCAAUUGCCAAGAGCCGUGGUGGAUCUAUGGGUGAUGCCGGUGGAGCCAGCGACAGAGUGGUGAAUAUGUUGUUGACUGAGUUGGAUGGUAUGGGUGUUAAGAAAAAUGUUUUUGUCAUCGGAGCUACCAAUCGUCCCGAACAGUUGGAUGCUGCACUUUGUCGCCCAGGUCGUCUAGACACUUUGGUCUAUGUACCUUUGCCGAAUGAGGCUUCCAGGGCCGAUAUUCUUAGGGCUCAACUCAGGAACACUCCUUGUGCCCCUGAUAUUGACCUUAAAUACAUUGCCUCUAGAACUCACGGCUUCUCCGGUGCUGAUUUGGGCUUUAUUACACAACGCGCUGUCAAAUUGGCAAUAAAACAAGCUAUCUCUGCUGAAAUUGAGGCACAAAAAGAGAGGGCCGAGAGAGGUGAGGGUGCCGAUACCGAGAUGGUAGAAGCCGAAGGGGAUGACCCAGUCCCAGAGCUCACCAAGGCUCAUUUCGAAGAGGCCAUGGCAGUUGCCAGACGUUCAGUCUCUGAGGUCGAGAUUAGGCGUUAUGAGGCCUUUGCUCAGAGCAUGAAGCAGUCGGGCGGCAUGAGCUCGUUCAGGUUCCCAACUGCCGAGGAGGUCGGUGGCGGGGCUGAGUCUGGGUUUGGGCAGGCUGGGGAAGAUGAUGAUCUGUACAAUUAAACAGGUAUUUUUUUUUUUUGCCGAUCUGGGGCUGGGGGGUAGCAUGCGAUAUACACUAGCACAUUGAGGUAAAUGUGGUUCGUGGAGGCAAUCGGGGCUCGUUUCUUGUUUCGAGAAUCAUGUUUGAUAUAAAACGAGCUUUUACUUACUAUAUGAAGCUUAAAUCCUUCAUGAACUCGUCUUUGUGUUUUUAGCUUUUCUGGUUUUAUGGUUCGUUCACGAUAAUGGAACACUUUGAUGACAUAGAAAA